AAUAUUUUAAUUUUAAUUUUAAUUUUAAUUUUUCUUUCAAUUUCUUCCCAAAUUUUGACCAUAUUCAUUCCUCUUUAAUACCUUACCAUUUCCAUAUCAAAACACUUCAAUUCAAAUCAUUAAUCGCUUUUCUCAACUGGAGUUAACUCCAAAAUCUCGCAUUUCAACAUAUUCUGAUUUUUUUUAAUGAUUUUCAGAGGUUUCCUUUAUAAUAAAUAAUAACUCGCUUUUUCUGCGUUGAAUACUAUCUCAGAUUUUGAUAAAAUGGAUUAUUUUUAUAAAGUUUAAAACUUUAUAUAAAUAAUCAAUUACUGAUUUAAUUUUUCACUUCUUGUGGUGUAUUGGUUUGUUCCGAAAGGGGAUUAUUGUUAUUAUUAUGGAUAUAACAGAAAUUUCAAUCUUGCAUCAUGUUGGAAUCGUCUUAGUUUCUCUUUGGUUCUUAUCUACAUUUAAUUACUGCCACGCUGUUUUUUAUUUGCUGGCUUUGAUCUAUCUUUAUCUGGUUCAUGAACGUUAUGUUACUAGGCUGAAGAAGAAGUUACAGUUUGAGGAGAGGAAACAAGCUAAUCAAAGAAGGGUGCUGUCUGAUUCUGAAACAGUUCGGUGGUUGAACCAUGCAGUUGAAAACAUAUGGCCUAUAUGUAUGGAACAGAUUGCAUCUCAGAAGAUUUUACUACCUAUCAUACCUUGGUUCUUAGAGAAGUACAAACCUUGGACCGCUAAAGAAGCUGUUGUUCAGCACCUAUAUUUGGGAAGAAACCCUCCUUUGAUUACUGAUAUGAGGGUACUUCGCCAUAAUGAUGAUGACCACUUGGUUCUGGAGUUAGGAAUGAAUUUUCUCACCGCUGAUGAUAUGAGUGCAAUUCUUGCUGUGAAACUAAGAAAAAGAUUGGGCUUUGGAAUGUCAGCAAAGCUGCAUAUAACGGGAAUGCAUGUUGAAGGGAAGGUCUUGGUAGGGGUAAAGUUUCUCAAGUCAUGGCCUUUUCUUGGUCGUUUGCGUGUAUGCUUUGUCGAGCCUCCAUAUUUUCAGAUGACUGUCAAACCUAUUUUUACUCAUGGGCUUGACGUGACAGAACUUCCAGGAAUUGCUGGCUGGCUUGAUAAGCUUCUGUCCAUUGCUUUUGAACAGACCCUUGUUGAGCCGAAUAUGCUGGUUGUUGAUGUUGAGAAAUUUGUAUCACCAGAGCAAGAGGAGCCUUGGUUCCAUGUGGAUGAGAAGGAACCUGUUGCUUAUGUAAAAAUAGAAAUUGUUGAGGCAGCUGACAUGAAGCCAUCAGAUCUAAAUGGAUUAGCUGAUCCUUAUGUGAAAGGUAAUUUGGGCGGAUAUAGAUUCCGGACAAAGGUACAAAAGAAAACACUUGCUCCAAAAUGGUAUGAGGAAUUUAAAAUUCCCAUCAUAGCUUGGGAUUCUAACAAUGUGCUUGUUAUUGAAGUUCGUGACAAAGACCAUUUCUACGACGAUAUCCUUGGGGACUGUUCUCUGAACAUCAAUGAUUUUAGGGAAGGACAAAAACAAGAUAAGUGGCUGCCACUACAGAAUGUAAAAAUGGGGAGGUUGCAUUUACGGAUAACAGUACUUGAAGAUAAGGAAAAGGAAGCUGAUACUACAUGUGACCAGGAGGAAACAAUAGACAUUGAACAAAAAAAAGAUUCUUUUGCAAAAGAAACUACCAACAAGAGUUCCUUCUCAUCUGUUUCAUCUGACAAAUCUCCAAAAUUUGCCGAUAACUACGAGCCUAUAGAAAUCCAAGGUCAAAAAGAGACAGGAGUUUGGGUUCAUCACCCAGGAAGUGAAGUUUCCCAAACUUGGGAGCCAAGAAAAGGUAAGAAUCGGCGCCUUGACACAGAAAUUUGCAGGGAGCGUAGCGAUAUAUCUGGAUCGUUGAACAAUGACAGCAGCAGUCCUGAUGAUAAUCCCGAAGAUAAACAUCGAAUGAAAACGGUUAGGAAAGGCCUGCACAAGAUCGGUUCUGUAUUUCGUAGGAGUCAGAAAAUGGAUGAUAAAUCAGGCUCUCUUGUGGACGACAUUCCAUCGCCUCACGAUAACAUUAGGUCAAUGAAUGCUAAAGCAGUUGGUGUGAAGUUUGUUAUGGAUGAUAACGUUGGCGGCUUUCCUACUGGUAAGGUUCAGGUAGAAGGUGGAUCAGCAGAAGGGAGUGGUCCUGAUAGCCCAGCAAAGAGAAAUGUCAAGGACAUGGCAAAGAAUGUUUUCAAACACGCAGAGAAAUCGGCCCGCAGCUUCAAACAUGUUCUUUCUCGUAAAUCGAGGAAGUCUAAAGGUGAUUCAGAAGCAGCAGUUCUAGAAAGAGAAAAUGAAUCUGACUCAUCUGACAAUGAAUCUCUUUCUGUUCAGACGCCAAUAGACGAAAGAAAUCCAGUUGUUUACCACGAUGUUGCUCUGUAUAACAAUGGUUCCCCGAAAUCUAAUGUGAAUGAGGCUCAGAAUGUUCCAUCCAACACCACUGUGGACAACAAGGAGCCAGAAAAGGCAUGCUCCCCUGAUAGGUCUAAUGAAGAAUUUGUUAAGGUUGUUGAACAUGAUAAAGAGGAAACGGUGGUGGAUAAAAGGGAUCUUAGCAGAUUUGCCGAGUGAAGAUUGUCUUGGCAAGUGAAUGGCGACAUUAAGCAUUGACACACACUGAAAUGUAAACACCAAUAAUAAUUUUGAGAAAAUGGAAGUGAUUGAGUUUAUCUACAUGGGUCGGUGUCGUGUUGGUGUCAAAUAUGGAACAAUCAUACACGCCUUCAUAGUUUUUAUAGUAGUGUACAGUUUCAACUUGAUACUUUUGUUGUAUGUUAUGGUAUAUUUUGGUUACAAAUUUUGGUUGUUGUACUUACUAAGUUCAAAGGUUUGUAAGCAUGUAAAUACUUCAACGUAGACACGAGAAAAAAAUAAUAGAAAUAUCUGAUUUGGUUUUCUUGCAGCA